GACGUUUUGGUUUACUUUUAAGUGUCAAAAUAUUUUACACUUUAAUAAAAUUAAAAAUAAGUGCAUUUUAAAGUUUUUAAACAUUUGCUUUUUAGUCAUGUUAAAAGGAACACUUGUGUAUACAUAGCACUCAAAUGCGUUCAUCUGUAAGUUAUAUUUUAUCAAGUAGUGUAAGUGAGCCAAAUAUGUCUCAUCCUGAUUAUGAACAAUAUUCCCAUGAUCAUGCAGCCCUGUUAAUUUUGGUCAAACAGAUAGGAAACCAACUAAAGCCUAAAAUUUUUACCAAGUUUUAUGAACGUAUCAAUAAAUUAACAUCUGUUAAAAUUACUGAUUCUACAGGAGCAGUUAGGAAUAUUUUACUGCGUUACAUUAAGGAUCACCCUGUAGAAAAUAAUGAUUGGGGAGACUUCCAAACGCAUAGACGUUUGUUGGGAUUGAUAACUUUGGGAAAAUACGACUCCCAACAAGAAUUAAAUGAAAUAUGCAGAGUACACGAAAGUCUUAAAGUUAAAUAUAAUUCAACAUUAUUCGAUUCAAGAUGUAUCUUAUUCGGAGUAACGCAAGAUGCUGAAUCUCCUGGAGAAGAUAACCCUCCAUCUAGUAGCUCAGGGGAUAGUGAAAAUUCAGUGGAGUCUCCACUACAGAAGUUUACUACUCCUAGUAAUUUUAAGGCUCGGGCUUUAUUUUAUGAUGUAUCCUCCCCUUGUGCCGAUCUAGAGAGCCAGUUAAAUGAAUUUAUAAACUCACUUUUUUGGGUUCUUGAUUCAAAGCGAGUUGAUAGAUCAAGAGAGAAAUUAGAAAGGGUGUCUCUGCUUCUAGCACCCUUUGAAAAAAAGGAUUUUGUUGGUUUGGACAUGGAAUCAAGAAAUAAUAAAAAGCGAUGUACAGGAAGGAUGACAAAACAUUUAGGAGACCUGUGCUUACAAACUGGUCUUUUAACUGACAGCUUGUCAUAUUAUUCUCAGGCGGCAGAUAUUUUAAAGUCCGUAAAUGAUUGGUUAUGGCUAGGAGCAGCUUAUGAGGGACUUUCUGCAGCUUCAGCAUUGGUGCUUUAUCCAGAAAUGCAAAGAAAUAUUCCGCUUCAUAGAAAUGCUAGUUUACAGGAGGGUUCGCCUCGUAAAUCCAGUCAGACUCCACCUGCUAUUGCUUUGAAUGUCAAAAAAUUGAUUACCAAUGCUUUAGCACCUGAAGAUAUAUCCAAAAGGUAUAGAGAAGCUAUUAUACAUUACAGCAAAUACCAGAAUGCAGGUAUUAUUGAAACGGAAGCAAGCUUUAAAGCGGCUAGGAUUACUGUAGAGCAAAACCAUGCCCUACAAGCUGCCAGCUUUUUGCAAAAUGUUGUAUAUAUUAACUUACAAUUGUCUGAAAUGGAGAAGAUUCAGAGGUUUGAAACUUUAGCAGACUUAUAUUCACAGAUUGGGUUUGGAAGAAAGGCUGCAUUUUGUUUGAGAUUAGCUGCUACUAGAUACGUAUCUCCUCAAAAUACUGCUCCCAACUGGGGCCGAUGUUAUGCUCUUAUGCUCCAAAGUUUACCAGGUCAUAAUUUGAAUUUAGAUCCCGUCGAAAUGAGGGCUAUGGAUCAAGGAUGGCCAGCAUUACAGAUUCAACUAAUGCAGGAGCUAGUUGUAGCUGCGAGAAGAACAGGACAUUCAGCAUUAGCAACGAGACAUAUGACAUUCCUUUUGCAGACGAUGUGGCAAUACUUGAGUUCAACAGAACAAAAGGAAUUAGCCAUUCAAUUGCAAAGUCUAUCUUCUCAGUGCGAGGGAUCUCCUGUCCCUCUUGUUUUGGACAGUGGUUUAGUGGUCCCUCCAGCAAACCUAACUGAUAUACCUAUAUGUGCGGCGUUUGUCCCUAAGGAUUUGCAGCCCCAUUUGAGACCAAGAAGAAUUGAAAAUAAACAAACAGAUACAGGACCGUUUCUGUUUACUCCCAUUCAUUUUGGGGGUGGUAGUUUAGAGCGGAAAUCAAGACAGGCUAGUUCCAAAUUGGAUUUUCUAUGGAUUCAAAAUGAAGUUUGCGAAGUACAGUUAAAGUUGAUCAAUCCCUUACCUUUUGAGUUAAAAGUAUCCAAUAUGAGACUUUUGACGGGAGGUGUAGUUUUUGAAUCUGUGCCCGAGACUAUUGUUUUACCACCAGAUAUCCCAACUUCUUUAACGCUUAACGGGUGGGCAAGAGAAAGCGGAGAACUCGAACUGUCAGGUUACAGUACACACACUUUGGGAGUUAAGUCAAACUGCCGACUGCGCCAUAUGGGAUCCAGUAUGAAUUUUCCACCCUACUAUAAAGUUCAAGUUGUUCCUAGCUUGCCGUUACUAGAGGUAUCAACCUCUUUCCCCACCAGUGCUUCAUUUUCCAAUUUUCACGAUGAAAAUACUGUCACCUCAGCCAGCGUAAGUUUAUAUCAUGGCGAAAGUACUAAAUGUAUUAUAACAUUGAAAAAUGCUAGUGAAGUACCCGUAGAGAUGCUAGAAGUAGAAGUAAACAGUGUCUUAGACCCUUCUUUGCAAGAUCAAAUUUUUAGCUGGGAUAGAGAAGAAGUGAAGAAGUUGUUACCGAUUCCUCCAGGAGAAACUGUUAGUAUUACAUUAAAUCUACAUUCUGCGGCUAAUUUCUUAGCUCCAACUUCAGCCAUUUCACCAACAAUUCCGCACGAUAUGAGUAGUGGUCCUUUCAGCAGCAUGUCGACUUCAUUGCCAGGUGGAUCUUUGCCUUCUAGAUUUAAUUCAAGCUUUCGAUCCUCAAAUUCGGGGCAUUCUAGUUUAGCCGGUGGAUUGACUAAUCUUUUCCAACAACAACCUUCCACAUCAAUUAUCGAAGGUCAAUUAAAGUUAAAAUACAGCGGAUCUGAAGGUUUUGCUUCAGAAUAUUGCAGAUCUUGCUCAGUAUUUGUAAUGUUGGAGAUGUUGCCGUCUUUGCAAGUUACUAAUUGGGAUGUUUUGCCAGCGGAUACACACUCUCAAUUUUACCUCGUAUUAGACGUAGCUAAUCUAACAACUCAAGAAAUGGAACUGCAAUACACUCCCACGAAAACAAUGCUAAUAGAAGGACAAGAAAGUUGCAGAGUACCAAUUCCAGUAGACAGAUGCCCACUAUCGAAACUAACAGGACUGUUCCAGGAAAUGGAUGAAAAUUCUGACAAUAGGAACGAUAUCGAUGUCAACAAAAUUUGUUCCGAGCAUGUUACAGACUUGGUCAGUUUAAAUUGGCAUUUGCUUGGAACUGAUUCGAGAGGGGUAGCCUCACUAAAAGGAAUUAAUUUAACACCAAGAAUGUUGGACAUUGUUAGAAUGUCACCGUUGGGUUGGGAGGUAACCGUUAAUGGUGAUGUUGUGAAAGCUCAGGAAGAAGUAACGUGCGAAGCGGGCGAUUGUUUAGCACUAAAAAUGGCUGUCGUUAACAGUUUAGAGAAGACAUUGCAUCAGAUAACAAUGACUAUUCAAUUUUAUCAAGACUAUGAGAAUGGUACUCUAAAUUAUCGAAUGGAUACUAGGCUUGCUACUGCUGGUAGCACGAAGAGAUCCUUCACUGAAUUACAACCGCAAGCUAAAGCCAAUCACGAAUGCAAUGUUAUAUUUUUCACGCCUGGACACUACAAGGUAGAUAUUCAGUGUUGUGCACCGGAAAGUUUAUUGGCGUCGAAGGUGAAUCCCAUCAUUUCAACAGGACAUAUAUGGCGGUUUACUCCGACUGUGUCUUUCUUGGUUACUUAAAACACUUUAAGUAGAAAAAUACGAUAUCCUUUGUAAAAGGUAUAUUUAAAAUUCCCUAAACAAGGGUUACAUUAAAUCACAGAACGUUUUCGGAUUAAAAAAACCAUCGUAAGUGUUACUAAUAGCCAAGCAAUAGUAUGCCUGAGCCACCAAAAUGUUUUGGGUAAAAACUCUUUAAAUGUUGACAGUUGUUAUGUUAUAGUACAUAGUAUUAAUAAAAGAGGUUUUUAUCCAAAACAUUUUGGUGGCUCAGGCAUGCUAUUUUUUGGCUUUUAGUAACACUGAUAGUGGAUUUUUUAUACCGAAAACGUUUUGUUUUGUGAUGUAACCCUUAUUUAGGGAAUUUUAAAUAUACCUUUUACAAAGAAUCUCGUAUUUUUGUGAUUUAUGGUAUUCAGCCAGCUAAAGGAAUUUUAUUUUCCUCGUGGACUUUAAGUAGAGCUGCGCUUGGUUAUUUGUAAUCGUAUCGAUACUACAAAGAUAUUAAGACUGGAAAAUUA